AACCAAGCCUCUCUACGGUUCUGGAACUGGACGAAGCUUCUAGAAUCUCCUCUCGUCCAAUAAAACUAAACCCUAAGACCAACGCUGCCUUGUUGCCUCCUUAUCCACACGCUUGUGCACUUCCUCACUAACCCACAACCCAAAAACCCUAGCUUCGCUUUCUGAAAGAUGGCGUCAACUAACGCUAUUUCAACCGCAUCCAUUCUCUGCUCUCCCAAGCAGAGCUUGAGGAGGAGAGGUGAUCAUCAGCAAAGUAACAGACUGAAUUUCAGGCAACCGCGCAGCCGAUUUGCUGUGAGGGCUGCCGCAAAGGAUAUUGCAUUUGACCAGAAUUCAAGGUCUGCACUCCAGUCCGGAAUUGAUAAGCUUGCCGAUGCUGUUGGGCUUACUCUUGGUCCUAGGGGGAGGAAUGUUGUGUUGGAUGAAUUUGGAAGUCCUAAAGUAGUAAACGAUGGAGUCACAAUUGCUCGAGCUAUUGAGCUCCCUGAUGCUAUGGAAAAUGCUGGUGCAGCUCUCAUUAGGGAGGUUGCAAGUAAAACUAAUGACUCCGCUGGUGAUGGGACAACCACUGCAUCAGUUCUUGCUCGGGAAAUCAUUAAAUUGGGUCUUUUAAAUGUCACUUCUGGUGCGAAUCCGGUCUCAAUAAAGAGGGGUAUUGAUAAAACUGUACAAGGCUUGGUAGAAGAGUUGGAGAAGAAGGCUAGGCCUGUCAAAGGUCGCGAUGAUAUCAAAGCUGUUGCUACCAUAUCUGCGGGGAAUGAUGAGCUUAUUGGCACUAUGAUUGCGGAUGCAAUUGACAAGGUCGGGCCAGAUGGUGUGUUGUCCAUUGAGUCGUCAUCCUCUUUUGAGACAACUGUUGAAGUGGAGGAAGGAAUGGAGAUUGACAGAGGUUAUAUCUCCCCCCAAUUUGUUACAAACCCUGAGAAAUUGAUUGCUGAAUUUGAGAAUGCAAGAGUCUUGGUUACGGAUCAGAAGAUAUCAGCAAUAAAGGACAUAAUUCCCCUGUUAGAGAAGACCACUCAAUUGAGAGCCCCAUUACUUAUAAUUGCUGAAGAUGUCACUGGGGAGGCCUUGGCUACCCUUGUUGUAAAUAAGCUGCGAGGCAUUCUCAAUGUUGCUGCCAUUAAAGCUCCUGGUUUUGGUGAGAGGAGAAAAGCCCUCCUUCAAGAUAUUGCCAUUUUGACAGGAGCUGAGUUCCAAGCUAGUGAUCUGGGUCUGCUUAUUGAGAAUGCCUCAGUCGAGCAGCUUGGUCUGGCUAGGAAGGUAACCAUCACCAAGGACUCGACCACCAUUAUUGCAGAUGCUGCAUCAAAGGAUGAGUUACAAGCAAGGAUUGCACAGUUGAAGAAGGAAUUGGCAGAGACAGAUUCAGUUUAUGACUCAGAAAAACUAGCUGAGAGAAUUGCCAAAUUGUCUGGCGGUGUAGCUGUUAUAAAGGUGGGCGCUGCAACAGAAACUGAGCUUGAGGACCGGAAGCUACGUAUUGAAGAUGCCAAGAAUGCCACUUUUGCUGCCAUAGAGGAAGGGAUUGUGCCUGGUGGUGGUGCUGCAUUGGUUCAUCUUUCAACUCACGUUCCUUCCAUUAAGGACAAGCUUGAAGACCCAGAUGAGCGGUUAGGUGCUGAUAUUGUGCAGAAGGCACUGGUCGCACCAGCAUCACUGAUAGCGCAAAAUGCUGGAAUUGAAGGUGAGGUGGUUGUGGAAAAGAUAAAAAACAGCGAGUGGGAAGUUGGUUACAACGCUAUGACAGACGUGUAUGAGAACUUGGUGCAGGCUGGAGUUAUUGACCCAGCAAAGGUUACACGAUGUGCAUUGCAAAAUUCGGCUUCAGUUGCAGGAAUGGUGUUGACCACUCAGGCCAUUGUUGUGGAAAAGCCUAAACCAAAGACACCCAUGGGUGCUCCUCCGCAAGGACUUGCUGUGUGAUCUUGAGGCGCUUCUAUACCGUUUAGGAUUUUAGGUAUAAAGAGAGGUUUUAUUGCGGUGAGUUAAGAGGACAUUGUAAUUUCAACUAGUAAUUGACCUGUUUUUUUGUAUGGAUUUAGAAUAUUGUCGUAUUAAUUGAUUGCCUUUUCAGUUGUACGGCCGUCUGUAAUACCUCAGGGAAGCCUAGCAUUUUCACUGGUCAUUGCCAUAAUAUUCUUACAUUUUUAAAUUUAUCAUUGAAUUUGUUGGACUCA